AGAACUGUAGCAGCAGACGUGCAAAGGGAUCAAUACGCCAAGUUGAGCGGUUGUUUCUUCUGGAUGUUUAAAUCCAUAUCGGGGAAUGGAGAUUAGUAUAGAAGACUGCUAGGAUGGCGGAAGAUCAUGAAUCCUUGGUGAAGUCUGAUUUUACAGGAGUGUGUGAAGAGAACUCUUGUAUUAACCAUUUUGAUUCCGACGAUGGUUCAUUCGUGGACUGCAUUCACUUUGAUCCACCUGAAGACUCAUUAACACAGGCUGAGAGUGUUGAAGUGGACAUUUUCUAUUCGGCUCCGCCACUAAAGGACCUUUAUCGAUAUCAUAUCUUUUUCUCGCAUUCUGUAGAAGAUGCUAAGUGGAUUUCCGGAAUUGUUCACCGACUUGAGGCAGAGCCUUACAAUUACAAAUGUCAUUACAAUGACAGUGUUAUACAAACGAAACAAAACAUUCAACAGACUUUGAUGAGUGCUGUGAUUUUAAGUGAAAGAGUUGUUAUUGUCCUCUCCCCGAGUUAUGUCAAAACAAAUUGGACAGAGUUUCAAGAACUACUUCAGAAUCUCACAACCUGUAGUUUACAUCAACAGCGCAUGCUCGUAGUGUUGCUUAAAGAUUGCAAUAUUCCGGAACAACUCCAGCCUUUGGGUUUUCUUGACGCAAGGGAAUGUGAUUUCUUCGAUUGUUUAGUCAGAUAUCUGAGAAGCGACAGGUUACCGAGAAGCAGCGAUUCCUUCUCCAGUGAAAUGUCCAGCAUUCUGUAUCGGCCAUUAUCUGUUGCCAAUGGUCAGGUACUGAGUUCAGUCCAGAUAUCUUUUUGUGGAGCAUGGAAUGCCGAACUCCAGUACAUAGAGGACGAUGACGUCCCUACCUCUCUGUGUUGUCAUGGCAUCGGGAUGAAUUAUGCACGGUAUAUGGAGAUACUGAAAUCCCUGACAACGAUAAGCGGCUGUGAGCACUACCACCUUCUGUUCUCUCUCCGUCCCGUGAUCUUUCUCACCAUUUCACUCUUUGUUUGGAUGAUUGUGUUUGUUUUUAUUCUGGUCUACUUAAUGGACGACUCAAAUAAAAGUAUAUUAUGUUUUCGGUUAGCUGUCUUCUCCAUGCCUAUGUUCUUCGUGUUUAUGGGUUACUUCCUCAGAUGGCGACGCCAGAAAGUUCGACAGAGGAUUGCUCGGAAAAUGGUACUGAAAUGCCUCCCAAUCAACGAAGAGCUUUACAAACUAGAAAUGCCUUUGUUACUCACCGCAACACUGACGAAAAACGGAGAAUUUAAUAUACAUUUCAUUUAUUAUUCAUUAUCGGAUUGUACGGAAAUUGCAGAACUUUUGCUCCAAGCUUGCACAGAUAACGAAGAAAGGAAAAUCGCUCACUUCAUCCGCUUGUAUACGUCAUGUGACGACUUUCUAUCAUCGGGAACUUUGACAGAACGUCUUUGUGUGAUGGUGUCUCCAAUUUACUUACACAGAUUUAUCAUGCAUGAGCUCCCUAUCUCUCCACAGCAAAGACAUACGGAGUUCCGCUUGUGUCUCUGUCAGUAUAUCGAACACAUCCUGGAUGAUUUCUUCAGAUGCUCGACGGCCGGGAUCGAAACAGCAAGUCUGGCGAAAACAUUUCAGGAAAAGUUCAUGUUCCGUCUACCGGUUGUGAAUUCAAAACAUGCCAGUGACAUGACUUGUCAUGACAACACAAAUUCAAUAUCUGUAUGAUUUCAGUAAAACAUA